CGAUAACAUUUAUCGGGUCAAGAUCCGAAUUCUCCAAACCCCUGUUCGUCCUUAGAUAAUGGCAAAAACCCUCUCUAUAGUCCCAAUCCACCAUGUCAAUGACUCUUCCCACACUCUCAUCUCCAAAUGCCUCACUCAAAAUCACUCCCUUUUCUCACCUCAGAAUUAAAACCUAUGUCCAAGCCAUUCCAUUUCGCUCAUUACCAACAAAACCCCCAUCUUUUGGCCCCAUACCAAGCCAAAAUUUUCAUGGGUUUUCCGGGAAAAGACUGGGUUUUGUGUUUGAGAAAAAGUUGGACUUAAAGGUUUGUGCUAGUGCAGGGAAUGUUAGCGGUGGUGCUGAAGAUGAUGAAGAAGCUAAGAAAGAGGCUCGAGGGGAAAGCACUAUGCCAGAGCGGUUCAGGUACUUGACCAAAGAAGCUCCUGACCCACCACUCAGAUGGCCUUUGUUUGUAGCCCUUGCUUUCCUUGUCUAUGCAUGGAGGGCAGUCUUGUUUGAACUUUCUAAUUGGCGAAAGGCUGCACUUGGUAUUGUUAGUUUUGUGGGAUACCUCUUCAAACUUGCCCUGGCUCUCGUAUUCCACUUCAUUGGUGAUCCCAUAACUUCAAUAAUUAGAUGUAUUGAGACUGCUCUCUAUGCCAUUCGAGCUCUCCAUUCUGCCAUAGUGGCAUAUACACCUGUCCCAGAGUUGACCACAAUUAUCCUACUGGCAUCAGCUGUUCUUGCCAUUGCAGAAGUUGCUUCUCCCAACUCUGUAAACAGCCAAACUCAUCUUCUCACAGUAUCUGGCCUAAUUGGGUAUGCAGCUGUGUGUGGUUACAUCUUGGAGCCAUUCUUCUGGACCCUUCUGUUGUUGUUAUAUGGUUUCUCACGGAUUGUUAAGAAGAAAGAUAAUGUUUCAUCUGCAUUGCCUGUUGCAGCUGUGCUGGCUGCAGUUGGAGAACCAUGGGUCAGAGUUCUGGUAAUAGCUUCAUAUCUGGCUCUUUCUAUUUCUCACCAUUCAAAAAAGGUUUCCAAUGGAAAGGAAGAAGUGGAAGUUGUAAUGGCAAAUAGGAGGCUUCCAAUGCCGUUGCUGGUUGCAGCCUUUACCAUUGGAAUCCAUCUUGCUGCUAAAUGGGCUGGGUACCGGCACUUGACAUGGAAGAUAGUCUGAGCAUGAUAACUUGACUUGUGCCUACAUAGGUUUUGAGGAAAGUUGCCCUUGUACAUUUUUGAGUUGGCUUGUGUGAGGAAUUAUUGUGGCGGCAAUCAAUAUAAUUUUCAUUCUUUUCAAUUCCUUAGUAAUCUUUCCAUGUCGAUGGGUAGAAUAGAAUGGUGACUACAAUUUCUUGCUUAUGUUGUUCCCCUUCUCUCUUCUUCCUUCAUGCUGGUUAGGAUUCAAAGACUAUGCAAAUGUGAUAAAAUCAGAUAAUUUGUGGCAUAUAGUAAUGGUUUCAGAGUCAUCUGCAACAUACAAUUUUACUGGUAUCUCAACUGCCGGUAGAUGGCCAUGGAUCUGCACUCUUUGCAUGGAAACUUUGAUGAGAUAGGUCUAUAAUUUAGAAACUAUUUAUUGAAAAUUGUUUCCUGUUGAAAUUUUCUCAGUCACAAAAAAGUUUCCCCAAGUUAGAUAUAAGGGUUGUCUUGUUUCUAAUAGGGACGAUGAUGGGGAAAGCUGAAAUCUGAAUAGAGUCUAUGCACACAAUCAGAUGAGAUUUUCAUUUAACAUAAUGCAUUCAGUGAAUAAACGAAAAAGUAUUUACA